AUGGGUGUACACUUGGUUCAACAUAACUUGGGUCAAACCAGUGCUAAUGUUUUACCAGUUACAAAUCGAAAUCCAAACGGAAUCGGCACGGCAUAUGUUGAAUUUCUAAGCAAUGAUGUAGCACAAAUGUGUGUUCAUAAAUGUAAAGCACAACCAUUAUACAAACCAGUAUUAAUUAAACCAUACAUAGCUAGUCAACCACCUGUAAUACCUAUAACCGCCGAAUUUCUUGAUUCACAUUCAGAUCAAUAUCCUGUUGCAGAAGCUUGGUCAAACUAUUAUAAAUCUCUGGAAAAAAUUGAACAACAAGCGAUGGAGGAAUUUAAAAUAGCUCAACUAGAAGUUGAAUGUGAAUUAUUAGAAAAAGAAUCUGAAAGACUGAAGAUAGCUGCCAUUUCGAAACGACAACAAACACAACAAGCUCGUGAUCUUGAUGCUCAUUUUCAUGCUUGGGCAGAGUCUGGAGUACAAUCAACAGCAGCUGGUAUCUUGUUAGACUCAUUUACGACUUCAAAGGGGCUUAGUCAAACUAAUGUGAAUUAUUAG